UGUUUCACAUUUUUAAACCUUAGACUGUUUCCGUUUUGUAUUUUAUAAUUGAUUACCAUUUUAGCCUUUUUUUAAAGUGGAUACAUUUAUUUAUUUUUUAAUGCAUUCAACUCUUAAUUUUAUAUUUAUUUGGAUAUAUAUUUCAUGCCAAUGCAUUGUCGAACAUUUUUAAAAUGCUUAAUACCGUAUUGUGUUGGCCUCGGAAGAUGUACAUACUAGUGGGCGUUUUUUGUGAUGGCUUUACUGUCUUAUGAAAUAACAACUUUCAAUGCGUGUUGUGAAUUGCCAUUUUGUAUGUACUUCUUGCGUUCCUACAAUAUUUAAUUUUUUAUUUCGUUAAGUCACGUUAUUUUGUUUGGUAUCUUAGCCAUGUACCAGUUCACCAAAAUGGCUCGUGUUUACAUUCAUUUUCAUGUUUAUUUAAUAGCAAUUUUGCUUUCGUUUUGGUAAAUUUAAUUGUUUUGGAAAAACGGACGAGUAUGUAAAUAUGGUAAAGAAAACCGUUGUCUCAUCUAAUUUUACUUUUGUGUAUUAUCUCAUAAUGUUUUAUAAACAUCUACUAAGUUUUAUGUUUUGGACAUCAAACGAAUAAAUGGUGGAGUUGUAACGUAAUGUCGACGUUGAUGUCAUUAGAAGCGUUGAGGGGUGAAGAGAUUUAAGAUAACGUGAGAUCUGUCAACACUCGAGUAUGGAAGGCAACGGCAAUGUGGGCCCCGGUGGGCCCAAGAUCAUGGUGUUUCGCCCAACGUUUGAAGAGUUCAAAGAUUUCACUGGCUACAUAGCUCAUAUGGAAAAAAUGGGUGCACAUAAAGCAGGACUUGCAAAGGUUAUUCCACCGGUUGAGUGGGUAGCACGCAAGUCGGGCUAUGCCGUAGAAAAUAUUGACAUCACAAUUCCAGCACCUAUCUGUCAAGUUGUGGAUGGCAAACCAGGGCUAUACACUCAAAUAAAUGUACAGAAGAAGGCCAUGACUGUCAGAGAAUACCACGAACUUGCCAGCAGUGACAGGUACAAGACACCUACACACUUUGACUAUGAAGAUUUGGAGAGGACGUACUGGAAAAAGAUUAUGUAUGGAUCUCCUAUUUAUGGUGCCGAUGUUUCAGGGAGCCUUACAGACCCUGAUGUGAAUGUAUGGAACAUCAACCGGCUGGGGACUAUCCUAGACUUUGUUGAUGAGGAUUAUGGAAUAAGCAUAGAAGGAGUGAACACAGCAUAUCUUUAUUUUGGAAUGUGGAAGACAACGUUUGCAUGGCAUACGGAGGAUAUGGACUUGUACAGCAUCAAUUACUUACAUUUUGGAGCUCCAAAGACAUGGUAUGCGAUCCCACCUGAACAUGGUCGGCGUUUCGAAAGGCUUGCAAAUGGUUUCUUCCCAGAGGCAUACAAGUCAUGUUCAGCGUUCCUGCGGCACAAAAUGUCUCUGAUAUCUCCGCAAGUCAUGAAGAAAUACUCAAUUCCAUUUAAUAAGAUAACACAAGAGGCGGGGGAGAUAAUGAUCACUUUCCCAUACGGCUAUCACGCGGGCUUCAACCAUGGCUUCAACUGUGCAGAAUCAACUAAUUUUGCUACGCCACGCUGGGUGGAAUAUGGAAAGAGGGCAUCACAGUGCUCAUGCAGGGGAGACAUGGUGAAGAUUAGCAUGGAUACUUUUGUGAAGAGAUUCCAGCCUGACCGAUACCACCUGUGGCUUCAAGGGAAAGAUUUUGGAUCUCACCCUGAGGAUCCGUCACGUCACUACGCUGCUCCACCACCCUCUCAGACAGAUGUCCUGGCCAACAAGAACAACACAGAGUUGCCAGUUUCAUUUCUGGAAGCACCAAAGAAAAACCACAAGCGCCAUCCAAUUCAUAGAAAGAAGGGAAACAUGAAGGAUAAAGAUAAAGAGGAGGGGUAUGAAGGCAUCGUGGAGAUUCCUUCUGAUGUGCAGAAGGUUCUUGAAGAAAUAGAUCAGGAGGAAGAAUUCCCGGAUGUCGGUUCUCUUGAAGUUCUAGGCGAUAUCUGGAUGAAAGCUGGAGAGAUGAAUGAAGAAGAGAGGCAGUCCUUAGAAGACUAUUUUGAAAAUUCAAAUCGGAAACGAAAGAAGUCUUGUGAAAGUGAAAAAGAAACAAAGCCCAAGAAGAAGAAAAUUAAAGUGGAAGAUGAUGUAGAUUGGAAGGAUGAGGAUGAAUUUGUUGGUGGAAACAACAAAUUUGGAGAGUUAGGGGCAAUAGUGAUGCCUGCUGUGUCAAAAAAUGUGAAGAAAAAGCUUCAUGACAAUGCAUAUAAACAGAAGAAACCUCCACCUGGAAUUUUCACCCCAACCCAAUCUUCUUCAAGCAUUCAGCAGAAGAAUUCUACAUCUAAAGAUUACUUGGGAGAGUUCCUUAGUUUUGUUGAGUCUUCGAGCCAACAAUUUGACAGCAAUAAUAAAGAAACAUUACCUACAAUUUAUUCUGGGAAAUCACAUAGGUCACCAUCAAAUGAAAAGUUAGUAUCAGCUAUCAGGAUUAACACAAAGGAAGGUAAAGUUGUUUCAGUUUCUGGUGGAAUGAGGAAACCAAAGCUCGAAAGCACUGAAGCAAAGGAAAUAAAGUUAGAGCCAGAAGUUGCAAUGUCUAAGCAUGAAGGAAGUGGUACAGAUAUAAUUAGAAUUAAAACUGAAAAUUCAGUCUCGGAUAAGAAGAGUGAUCCUGGAAUGCAGGCCUCAGUUAUGGAUGCAGAGUCUAAUGAGGAAAUCAUGUCUGCAGUCGGCUGCCUCCUGCAACUUCGCAAAGGAGCAGACGAGAAGAAACGUAAAUCAGACAUAGUUGAAAGAAAUGGUAAGGAACGUGAUGAAGCUGAAGUGGCGGAACCACACAGCACAAAUGAGAACACGAGCAGAACAUCCACUUCGGACAAUCAAAAGACAAUUACUUUGGCAUAUUUUAGACCAAACCGAAAUUCUGAUUCUGAAUCAGGUUCGGUGAAGAAGUUAAAAUUGACCGUUGGGGAGAAUAAGGAAUUGUACUAUAAAAAUGUAGUUGGCGAACUAAAACUUUUCCCAAAGAAUUUGUUGCUUGGCUGUAGCAGCAAGUUAAAUUAUAUUUCCAGUAAAUCUGCGCAUGAUAAAAAUAAACAGUCACCAAAUGACUCAUCAAACAGAAAAGUGUUAUUCGAAGGUCCGCCAUCUCAGAGUGCUGUAAAUACGACAGACAAUACGGAGACUCAAAAAAAAGUAAGCAAGUUUGGGCGUCCCAUGUUUGGUGGUCGAGAAAGUGAUAAGAAAAGACUGCAACAUUCUGAAUCUGAUAAACGUGGUAAAAAGAUGAAAAAGAAAGGUAGUUUACGUAAGACUUUGCGUAACUCUCUGCAUGUAAUAAGACCUAACACAGUGCAUUCAAGCAAUAGUAAAGUGUCUAUUGAUCUACAGGAAGCUUUGGAAUCUUGUAUCACAAGCUCAGUUUUCAAGGACGAAUUGAACUCUCCUAAAGACGAAACAUUAACUCUCUAUGGCAUAAGUGAUAACUGCAGCACUAUACCAUCUAGUAGUGUCACAUCUUUACCUAAAGUUACAAACACUGCUAUAGCUGAAUCAACUCCUUCUACAGCAAGGAAACUACCUGAAGCUGGAAAAUCAGGUGAUAGACAGGGAAACAAUCCUAAAAUCAGUAUAAAAUCUGUAGAGAGUUUGAAGAAAAGCCCAUCUUUGGGGGAAACAUCAAAAUCUGAAUGUUUAGAAGACUCACAAUCUCAAAAUAACUCUCCAAUUGAUAAAAGUAAGGUAUUACCAAAUGCUGCUGUUACAGAACAGUCAGUGGUUACAUCUAAAAAAGAAAUUGGUACUGGAUGUGUACAAAGGACAGCCCUUGGAGCUUCAAAGACCCCUUCACCCCUGCCUAUAACACAGAAAAACUCUACAAGUAGCACUCCUGGAGUGAGUCCAAAACAACCAAAAAUGCCUGAAACUGAUGUUUCAGCUAAUUCCAAAAUUGGGAAUACCACAGUGUCGGAAAAAUCAGAGCCAUUGCAAAAUUCAAAAGUUUUUGAGAAUUUGCCUUCCACUUCGAAGAGUGGUGAGGCAUCUCAUUUUGCAGUAUCACAAUCAGUUUCUAAGUCUCUGAAGCAGAUGUCUACAUCAAAGGCAGUCAUGUUAGAUAGACCAAAAAAUAGUGCUCUUACACCACCUAAAAUUUCACUACGCAGUGUAAGAGUAGAGUCAUUGCGACGAAUGUCUCCGAAAUCACCAGUUAAAGCAGACACACUGGCAAGUGGCAAGUUGACCGUAGUUUCAUCUUUACAACGCUUAUCUGCAGUAUCUGUUACUGCUUUUUCCAAAUCUUCAAUCCAGUGUAGUCCAUCCAAUACAUUGAAGUCACCACCAAUCAUUUCUACUCCAGAAAUACCAUUAAAAUCUGCUGUUACAUCCCCAAGUUCUUCUAAUGCAAAGCAUGAAUUAAAUAGCUCAGUAUGUUUAUUGGAAGUUUCAUCAGGGAAAGCUAUGAAAACUAUUGCUGCAAAUAAACCAAAACCAAUAUCUAAAACUAAACCUCUAACAUCAAAACAAAAGGAGAACUUGGAACAGUCAAAUCAUUCAACAGUGGCAAUUCCAAAACAACAGUUAUCAAAAGUGCAACUGCAGUCACAAGUGCAAAAGCAGCAACAAGUGCAACAGCAUUCUCAAGUGCAACAGCAUUCUCAAGUGCAACAGCAUUCUCAAGUGCAACAGCAUUCUCAAGUGCAACAGCCGCCGCAAGUGCAACAGCAUUCUCAAGUGCAACAGCCGCCGCAAGUGCAACAGCAUUCUCAAGUGCAACAGCCGCCGCAAGUGCAACAGCCGCCGCAAGUGCAACAGCAUUCGCAGGUGCAACAGCACUCGCAGGUGCAACAGCACUCGCAGGUGCAACAGCACUCUCAAGUGCAACAGCAGUCUACACUGCAACAUCAUUUGCAGGUGCAACAGAAGUCACUUCUGCAACAGCAUUCGCAAGUGCAACAGCAGUCACAAGUUCAUCCAAAGUUGCAAGUGCAACAGAUUUUUCCAGUUACUCAUUCUUCAUUAAUUUCAAACAAGGCAGUUCCCUCAAUCAGAUCAAAAUCUGUACUGACCCCUAAAUUUGCUCCAACAUCUAUGGCUAAAGUACUUCAGUCUUCACCAGCUGUGAAAACUGAACCAACAGAUAAGGAUGAAUCUAAAACUGUUCCGUGUGCUGCAAGAACAUAUUUUGUAUCGAGUACCCCAAAAGUUUCAUUAGCUGAAAGGACAAUACAGACUUCAUCAAAUUCUUGUAAAGUAGAAUCAGUGUAUACAACUGUUCAGAAUUCAAAAUUAUCUCCUUCAAAUGUUAAAUCAUCAGCACAGAGAUUGACAGGUGCGACCCAGGAAUUUGUGCAAGCAGUUUCACUUGCUGCUUCUUCAAAAAUUCAAAAUGUGCAAAUAUCAAAAACUGUUACUAUACCAACUACAAGGUUGGAGACUAUACCAACUACAAGGUUGGAGUCAUUUAGCAGGCUAAAAUCCACUGGCACUCCAACUGUAAGGACAGUUCAGUCACCUACAUCGACUGUAGCGUGUGUGUCAGUUCCCGGUGUAUAUUCAGAACUGUCUAGAAAAAAGGGUGGCAAAAAUGCACCAUUAACUUCAGUGCCAUCGAAGCCAUCAAACACAGACACUAGCAAGGCUGCAGUUGUUCCACGUUCAGUGAAUGUAAAGUUUGAAGAACAGCGUGAUCAAAACUCCAGACUUUUGAAAACUGUGCGCAACAAUGUUACACCUCAGCCUAGAAUGUUGCUACCCAAACAAGUCCAGAUAGAGAACGGAAGUGUAAAUUCGUCAAAUACAUUUAAUUUGCUUAAUUUAUCUAGUAAUGUUCAGGGUUCUCGUGUAGUGGUGAACAAUGUGUCCACGUCACUUCCACAAAGACUCUCGCCACCCAAACAGUCUAUGUUGGAAAGUAAAGGUGCUAGGGUGAAAACGUCUGCGGAGAGUAAUCAGACGGAGUUAAAUGGUAAUGUACACGUUUCUCGUGCAGUCGGAAGUAACGUGCUGUCCGAAGUUUCUGUGCUCUCGAGUUCCGCUGACUCCUCUGUGUUCACCAUCGUUGCCUCUCCGUUUACGUUUGCAGCCAAUGAACCUCCACAUUCCGCCCCUGCAGCGUUGCAGCAGCCGGCGCUGGCUCCGAGACCUGCGGCAAGCUCUCAGCGGUGCGACAGCUUGCCGGCUAUGAACGGCGUGCAGAGUUCGUCUGACUCUUUGCCGCUUCUCUGGCAGGACAGCGCUCUGCAAGAGAUGGUGAGAUCGUCGUCCCUAGAGACGAAAGUGCAGCCUGUACAGCCAGAUGACUGCACAAGUAUUCUGCCUCUCCACCACGUACGAAGUUUGAUGCAGAAUUCUGUGUACAACCUAAUUCAAGAAAGAAGUAGCAAUAACUAUUGGAGCCAAAGGGACCCAUAUUGUUCAUUGUGUGUCGUGUUUACUGCUAGUGGUGAUCUUGUUAAUAAGACAGUUUUUCGAGCAAUGCCAGAAGGCAAACCUACCAACAGCACUGUAUGGCUACCAUCAAGCCUGUUUCUCAUUCCAUCAAAGCGUCCGGAGACUAACACCAGGCUACAGAACCACGCAAAAGGGUCCACACUGCUAACUUGCCAAGACUGCAAUGUGUGUGUGCAUGCAGCGUGCUACGGAGUGACCCUUCUGCCAAAAGUUGUGAACGAGUGGCGCUGUGAUAAGUGCAGAGCUGCCGCACAUCAUGUGGAGUGUGCGUUGUGUGGGCGCCAGGGCGGUGCGGUGAAGCGGACAACAGACGGGGGCUGGGCCCACUUGCUGUGUGCCUUGCUGGUUCCUGGCAUCUGGUUCAAGGACACCAUUUGCAAGGAACCCAUCAAUAUGCUCUCUAUGAAGCAGGCACAUGGCAAUAGGGAAUGUGUGUACUGCCAGUUGAUGGUGGGUGGCACUGUUUCCUGCUUUGACCCCAUGUGCGGGAUCACAUUCCAUGCUUCUUGUGCCCUGAUCAAUGGAGCAAGCUUCAGCAUAGACUGCUCGGCCAGUGGAUACCAGAUAGUGGUGAUGUGCCUCAUACACAGCUACAACAAACGUCAGCAAAGGCAUAUCAAAGUUGGUCAGAAGGUGUUUGCGCGUCAUAGCAACGGCCGAGUCUGCGAGGGGUUCAUUACAAAUAUCUCCAACAGCCUGUACUACACAGUUUCUUUUGGAGAUGCAUCUUUCUGUGAUGAUGUGGACCCACAGCAUAUCAUGAACUAUUCCUGUAGUGACGAUGGGCCACCGCCUCUUGGCACUGAAGUGGAGACAGUUUUGUCGGACGGACAGAUCUACACUGGUCAGUUCGAAGGCAUGUCCCACCAUCUCCAGUAUACGGUCACAUUCAGAGAUUCAACUCAAGUCACAGUGAAACUAGAUCAGGAACCCAUUUAUAUCAGAGGGCAGAAUCUGCCAAAGAGAAUUGAAAAUAUUUUAAUGGUGGAAAAUAUGUGUGAAAAUGAGCCUCAUGGUGGUAAUGGUGACUUUUUGUUGGCGUAUGAAUACACUGAGGAAGCGGGCCCACAGUCGGACAGCUCUGACCCGGGCCUCGCCCUCAUCAUGGAGGGGGCGGGCAGGAGCAGCAGCAGCAGCAGUCCCAAGCUGCUGGAAGACUCAGACGGCUGAGGCCCCGAUCCACUCCGCGUCUCUUUUCGGGCCUACGCCGGCGGACCAGGCCCGCCAGUCCAUAUCCUAGAUGCACUUUGUUAAUUAAGUUUGUAAUAUUGUUUUACUCACCAAUGUGUUCAUUUGAUACACCAGUAUUUUUCUCAGCAAUGUGUGUACUACGUCGUUCAAAAGAAUGAUCUUGUUGUAAAGAGCGAUUUUUACUAUGUAUUUGUUUCGGAAUUGGUUUUUGUGCCAUUCGCAUCAGCUGUGUUCUGAUUCAUAAUUGCAUCGUUAUGAUUUAUUGAGUUGACAUUGUAAAUGCAAUGUUUUUUUUUGAAACGUGAGACUGAAAAAAAAAAUUUGAACGCUUUGUCUUGUGCGACAUAAAUUAUCAAGUUUUUUUUUGCCAGCGGUACUUGACAUUACUGAUACAUAUUGUCAUGGUAGAUCUGAUGAUAAAAGUGUUUCGUGUGGUACUACUGACAGCAGUUUUUGGUUUCCAAGUAAUUGAUUGCUCUUUGCACAUUAGGCAAAUGGUUAUCACAAGAAGAAAAUCGCAAGUUUUAUUGUUUGCGUAGGUUCAGAGCUACGGAUUGUUUCUGGUGAUGUUCAAGAGGUAUUUGCGCAGAUGUGUUGGAGGGAUUUAACUAUUACUAAGAAGAUAGAAAGUUAUACACAGUACGGUACUUUUGAAGUAGGUGUUAGGGACUGAACAUGAAGUUAGUGUGGUUGAAUGUGAACUGUAUUUGAAGACUCAGAUUCGGGUAAUGGAUUAUUAGUUACAGUAAUGAAGUGUUCUAAAAUGACAAAACUAUGCAAGCUUGUAAAUAAUGUGUCAGAUGAUAAACUGGCUUGUCCAGCCAUGCAAGAAAUGACAUUAUUAUAUAUAAUAUUUAAUAGAUCUAUUUGUACAUGUAUGAGUGCAUAUGCAUUGUCUGUGUGUGCUUCAGAUGUGAGACUGCUAAUGUGUGUGAAUCUUUUUUAGUAUUGGCUGGAUAAUUUUGUAUAUGUGGAGUCAUGUAGUACAAUUUGUGAUUAAAGAAGUUAAGCUUUUGGUAA